CCGAGCCCGGGGCGGGGAGACGCGGACGCGCUGCCUCUGGACCCCCGGACCCAGGACCCCCUCUGGCCCGGUCGGCCGGGAAGGACUCUGAGGCCGCGGCUCGCCCCGCCCCGCUCCUGCCGUCGCCGCCUCCCGGGACCAGAAGAUGCGCUCCAGGAUCCCCCCACCCCUGCUGCUGCUGCUGCUGCUGGCCCUGGGGCCUGGGGUGCAGAGCUGCCCAUCUGGCUGCCAGUGCAACCAGCCACAGACAGUCUUUUGCACUGCCCGCCAGGGGACCACAGUGCCCCGUGACGUGCCGCCCAACACGGCAGGCCUGUACGUCUUUGACAACGGCAUCACCACGCUUGACGCAGGCAGCUUUGCUGGCCUGCCGGGCCUGCAGCUCCUGGACCUGUCCCAGAACCAAAUCGCCAGCUUGCCCAGUGGGGUCUUCCAACUGCUUGCCAACCUCAGCAACCUAGACCUGACUGCCAACAGGCUGCGCGAGAUCACCAAUGAGACCUUCCGUGGCCUGUGGCGCCUCGAGCGCCUCUACCUAGGCAAGAACCGCAUCCGCCACAUCCAGCCGGGCGCCUUCGAUGCACUUGACCGCCUCCUGGAGCUCAAGCUGCAGGACAACGAGCUGCGGGCGCUGCCCCCACUGCACCUGCCACGCCUGCUGCUGCUCGACCUCAGCCACAACAGCCUCCUCGCCCUGGAGCCCGGCGCCCUGGACACUGCCAACGUGGAGGCACUGCGGCUGGCCGGCCUGGGGCUGCGGCACCUGGACGAGGGGCUUUUUGGCCGCCUGCGCAACCUCCAUGACCUAGAUGUGUCUGACAACCAGCUGGAGCACGUGCCGCCCGCCAUCCGGGGCCUGCGGGGCCUGACGCGCCUGCGGCUGGCUGGCAACACCCGCAUCGCCCAGUUGCGGCCCGAGGACCUGGCCAGCCUGGCGGCCCUGCAGGAGCUGGACCUGAACAACCUGAGCCUGCAGGCCCUGCCGCACGAGCUCUCGGGCCUCUUCCCCCGCCUGCGGCUCCUGGCAGCCGCCCGCAACCCCUUCAACUGCGUGUGCCCCCUGAGCUGGUUUGGCCCUUGGCUGAGGGAAAGCCGCGUGGCGCUGGCCAGCCCCGAGGAGACGCGCUGCCACUUCCCGCCCAAGAAUGCUGGCCGGCUGCUCCUGGACCUCGACUACGCUGAUUUUGGCUGCCCAGCCACCACCACCACGGCCACAGUACCCACCACGAGGCCUGCAGCAUGGGAGCCCACACUCCCACCUUCCAGCCCGGCUCCCACCUGGCUCAGCCCCACAGAGCCUGCCACAGAGGCCCCAAGCCUGCCGCCCGCCGCCCUGCCCACUGUGGGGCCUGCCCCCCAGCCCCAGGACUGCCCAGCGUCCAUCUGCCUCAAUGGGGGCACCUGCCAUCUGGGGGCGCGAGGCCACCUGGAGUGCCUGUGCCCCGAGGGAUUCACGGGCCUGUACUGCGAGAGCCGGGUGAGGCAGGGCCCGAGGCCCAGCCCCGCCCCAGCCACACUGAGGCCGCCCGGGCCCCUGCCCCUGGGCAUCGAGCCUGCGAGCCCCACCUCCCUGCGAGUGGGCCUGCAGCGCUACCUGCAGAGCAGCGCCGUGCAGCUCAGGAGCCUCCGCCUCACCUACCGCAACUUGUCGGGUCCCGACAAGCGGCCGGUGACACUGCGGCUGCCUGCCUCUCUCGCCGAGUACACGGUCACCCAGCUGCGGCCCAACGCCACCUACUCCAUCUGCGUCAGGCCCCUGGGGGCUGGGCGGGUGCCUGAGGGCGAAGAGGCCUGUGGGGAGGCCCGCACACCCGCUGCUGUCCGCUCUAGCCACGCCCCGGUCACCCAGGCCCGUGAGGGCAACCUGCCACUCCUUAUUGCCCCCGCCCUGGCGGCCGUGCUCCUGGCUGCGCUGGCCGCCGUGGGGGCGGCCUACUGUGUGCGGCGGGGUCGGGCUGCGGCGGCUGUGGCUCAGGGCAAAGGGCAGGUGGGGCCGGGGGCUGGGCCCUUGGAGCUGGAGGGGGUGAAGGCCCCCUUGGAGCCAGGCCCCAAGGUGACUGAGGGUGGUGGGGAAGCCCUGCCCGGUGGGCUUGACUGUGAGGUGCCGCUCAUGGGCUACCCAGGGCCUGGCCUCCAAGGGCCCCUACCCGCUAAGCCCUACAUCUAAGCCCAGGAGUAAUGGACUGCCUGGGCCAGGCUCUUAGCCCCACUGGGACCAGCCAGUGCCCUCCAGCUGCCAGACCAAGGAAGUUCUCAGAUGCAUAUGACAAGGACACGUUAGGGCGGGGGCUGUGGGACCACAGCAAGUCCCUGUCCCUCUCUGGACCUCGGUCUCCUCAUCUGUAAGAUGCUGGGACCCAGGUGAUGACCUCUAAGGUCCCCCUGAGCCUGAGUGCCUAUGAGGAUGGCUUCUGCCCCUCUGCAACAUGCAACCCUAGGGCGGGGCUGGGUGGGAUGGGCCCUGCCGUGUGCUGGUAACACAGGCCCCCCCACCCCAAAGAGACUCUGGGGGCCAGUGAAGGAAGCCCCCAGAAAGCAAGCAGAGGGAGAGUGGGGCUGGGAACGGGGUAUGUGACCCCAGCCUCAGCCCCAGGGAGCAAAGGAACAAAAGAAACUGGAAAGAAAGAUGCUUCAGGAACAAGUUUUGCUUUUGUUAAAAUAUAUUUAUAAGAAAUCUUUCCCAUUUAUUCUGGGAAAAUGUUUUUCAAACUCAGAGACAAGGACUGUGGUUUUUGUAAGACAAACGAUGAUAUGAAGGCCUUUUGUAAGAAAAAUAAAAGAUAAAAUGAG